GACCAGAAAAAAUACCUAAAUGUAGUCCGACUGACUCGAUGCCCGAGACCCCGAGGCAUGCCUGCGCGGGAAGUCAUGUCAACUGGGGGUUCCUUCACAUGCGAACCAUAGUUGACUACCGAUCUGGGGCUCUAGUUUGAUGGACCCUCACUCCUGUAGCCCAUUCAGGGGCCAAAGCUCUCUUUUGUUGGGAAAAAGGAUCUACAGAUGAUGAUCUACACUCCAGUAUUUUCCAUUUCUGCACUGCAAAAUAGCCUCUUUUCUUCCUUCACUUUCACAUGUAGAAACACACUCCCUACCGGUGGCCCCCAUCUAGCGACAACGAUAUAAAAUAAUGGCUCCUCCCUCGCCAACCCUCCCCAGAAGAGGGCGGCCGUAUCCAAGAGACACAGACUAAGGUCAAUAUCAGCGAAAAUGGCUACCCAGCCCAACCCCAAGGACUCGAUGAAGUCCACCUGGCGCACCGCCAGCCGCGACGAAUGGAACAUCAACCACUGGGCCAUCGAGCUGCUUAACGUGCACCCAACCGAGCUCAACAAGGAAAUCCCCGUGCACCAAAAGGACGAAAAAGUCCCCUACCUCACGCAAUGGUCUCUGAACCUCUGGGUCCUCUUCUACGGCUCGCUGCCCUUCCUCAUACACCAAGUCUACACCACCUUCACCGGCCACCACCUGGGCCCAAUAGCCGUGUUCAACUUCUACUUCUUCGCCUUCAACGCCGUCGUGAUCUUCGAAGUGCACAUCCUCCGCCGCCUGGGCCACAUCUACGGCUUCCUGGACGGCGACAAGCACGAACGCGACGGCGUCCCGGACGUGGGCAUCGGCAAAGUCGUCACAUCCCUGUACAAGACGACAGGCUCGCGCAUCGCCCUGGCCACCUACCUCACCUACAACGCCAACCAGCUGCCCUCGCAGCUGAACUGGGCCCUGCUGCCGCUGCAGAUCGGGCUCUACGGCAUCGUGCUCGACUUCUGGUUCUACUGGUACCACCGGCUCAUGCACGACGUCAGCUUCCUGUGGAAAUUCCACCGCACCCACCACCUCACCAAGCACCCCAACCCCCUCCUGGCCGCCUACGCAGACCACGAGCAGGAGUUCUUCGACAUGGUCGGCGUCCCCAUGGCCACCUACUUCACGCUCAGGCUCAUGGGCCUCCCCCUCGGCUUCUACGACUGGUGGCUCUGCCACCAGUACAUCGCCUUCACCGAGGUGCUGGGCCACAGCGGCCUGCGCUUGCAUUCAACCGGCGCAUCCACCAUGACCCUGCUGCUCGAGUUCUUCGGUGCCGAGAUCGUCAUCGAAGACCAUGACCUCCAUCAUCGCAAGGGCUGGCGCAAGAGCCAUAACUACGGGAAGCAGACGAGACUCUGGGACCGCAUUUUCGGGACCUGUCACGACCGCGUCGAGGGCACGAAGGAUAAUAUUGAUUAUGUGAACUCGGUCAAUAUGCCGCUGUUUUGAUGUUUGUGUGUUUUGUUUCAUGCGUGUGAAAAGCUAUGCAGG